CACCGCUCUCCUGCCUGGAAGUGCUGACAGAUCAAGGCAACAAAUUUCAAUUACAAUCCCUAAUUUGUGUCCGCAGAGUGUUUUUUACCCAUGUUAGUCCUCUCUGGCGCAUCAGUCGAAGCAGAUCUUGGAGCAGCAGGAGGAGGUGGAGGGGGUGGGAACGAAGGAGUGCAUCAGUGAGAGAGCGCGCGCGAGAGACCGAGGGAAGGAAACUUGGCGGGCGCGUCGCUGGUUCCUCGGAUCCCAACACAAGCGAGAAAGAGGAAACGCCAAAUUUGUUUUUGCCCGCGGCAGGGAAGGGGGCAGAUCGGCCUGCGGGAGGCCCCGAGAGUCGUUCAGAUUUUGGUGGGAGAGUAGAGCGAGUGUGUACGUGUGCCCGCUUGAGUGUAUAUGCGUGAGGGGCGGGCGGGCGCCAGGCGGCGGGGAUGGCCGAGAAGCGGAGGGGCUCGCCGUGCAGCAUGCUAAGCCUUAAGGCGCACGCCUUCUCUGUGGAGGCGCUGAUCGGCGCGGAGAAGCAGCAACAGCUUCAGAAGAAGCGACGAAAGCUGGGCGCGGAAGAGGCGGCCGUGGCGGUAGAUGACGGAGGCUGCAGCCGCGGCGGUGGCGCCGGGGAAAAGGGCUCCUCCGAGGGAGACGAAGGCGCUGCACUCCCGCCACCGGCCGGGGCGGCAUCCGGGCCAGCCCGGAGCUGCGCCGACUUGGAACGGAGCUGCGGCUCCCGCGGAGCCGCGGGCGGCUGUGAGGACGGGUUCCUGCAGGGCGCUUCUCCGUUGGCGUCCCCGGGAGGAUCCCCGAAGGGGUCCCCAGCGCCUCCCCUGGCACGGCCGGGGACCCCGCUGCCCUCGCCGCCGGCCCCGCGGGUGGAUCUGCAGGGAGCAGAGCUCUGGAAGCGCUUUCACGAGAUCGGCACGGAGAUGAUCAUCACCAAGGCGGGCAGGCGCAUGUUUCCAGCAAUGAGAGUGAAGAUCUCAGGACUAGAUCCUCACCAGCAAUAUUACAUUGCUAUGGACAUAGUGCCAGUGGACAACAAAAGAUACAGGUAUGUUUACCACAGCUCUAAAUGGAUGGUGGCGGGGAACGCGGACUCCCCUGUGCCGCCACGGGUGUACAUCCAUCCAGACUCACCUGCCUCAGGAGAGACUUGGAUGAGACAAGUGAUCAGCUUUGACAAGCUGAAGCUCACCAACAAUGAACUGGAUGACCAAGGCCAUAUCAUUCUUCAUUCUAUGCACAAAUACCAACCGCGGGUCCAUGUCAUCCGUAAAGACUGCGGGGAUGAUCUUUCUCCCAUCAAACCUGUUCCAUCUGGAGAGGGAGUAAAGGCAUUCUCCUUUCCAGAAACUGUCUUCACAACCGUUACUGCCUAUCAGAAUCAGCAGAUUACUCGCCUGAAGAUAGAUAGGAAUCCAUUUGCCAAAGGCUUUCGAGACUCUGGGCGUAACAGAAUGGGUUUGGAAGCCCUUGUGGAGUCAUAUGCAUUCUGGAGACCUUCACUACGGACUCUCACCUUUGAAGAUAUCCCUGGAAUUCCCAAGCAAGGAAAUACAAGUUCCUCCACGUUGCUCCAAGGCUCUGGGAAUGGCGUUCCUGCCACCCACCCUCAUCUUUUGUCUGGCUCCCCUUGCUCCUCCCCUGCCUUCCAUCUGGGGCCCAACACCAGCCAGCUGUGUAGCCUGGCCCCAGCUGACUACUCUGCCUGUGCCCGCUCUGGCCUCACCCUCAACCGAUACAGCACAUCCUUGGCCGAGACCUACAACAGGCUCACCAACCAGAGCGGAGAGACCUUUGCCGCGCCCAGGACUCCCUCCUAUGUGGGCGUGAGCGGCAGCGCCUCAGUGAACAUGUCCAUGGGUGGCACAGAUGGGGACACGUUCAGCUGCCCACAGACCAGCCUGUCCAUGCAGAUUUCGGGGAUGUCCCCUCAGCUUCAGUACAUCAUGCCUUCACCCUCCAGCAACGCCUUUGCUGCUAACCAGACCCAUCAGGGUUCCUAUAACACGUUCAGGUUACACAGCCCCUGUGCCUUGUAUGGAUAUAAUUUCUCCACAUCCCCCAAACUGGCUGCCAGUCCUGAGAAAAUUGUUUCUUCCCAAGGAAGUUUCUUGGGGUCCUCACCGAGUGGGACCAUGACCGAUCGGCAGAUGUUGCCCCCUGUGGAAGGAGUGCACCUGCUUAGCAGUGGGGGUCAGCAGAGUUUCUUUGACUCUAGGACCCUAGGAAGCUUAACUCUGUCAUCAUCUCAAGUGUCUGCACAUAUGGUCUGAUGAAUCCUGGAAGUUAAGGCAUACUCAGAUUGGUCUAACGUAUUUUCUUUUUCUUUUUUUCUGAAAGCAAUAUGAAAAGAAACUUAUCAGUAGCUUGUAAGAUUUACAUAUAGUAGGAAGUGAAGGCUCCCUGAGUGUUUCGACUUUCUCAUGGUGAGACUGUAAUUAUCUAUGGUAUAUAUGUAGACCGUACAGAGCACGUGGAGUUUUGCAGCCUGCAAAACCACAUCCUCCCUCUUUUGUCCCCCUAUGUCAUUUAGUUGCACAGAGGAUUGGCAUAAGUAGUAUGCUUAACCCAAGUUCUCAGACUCUUUUAAAAACCAAACAUCAAACUUAAAACUUGGCAGUGAUACUAACCAGACCAAGGCUUAUAACUUAAUUUAUCAGAAAAAUGCUCUACACAGUUUCAUACUUGAGUGUUGAUAACUAACAGUAACCAGCACCCAGAGUCUUGUGAUUUCUGUUAUUCUUGGGCAUAGUGUGAGAGCCUAAAAUGCCAAAGCCAGCUGAAGUCUAAGUAUUAGUUCUGAGGUAUCUGUAGUCAUGAAGGAUUAGCUUUUGUGUUCCUGCUUGCUCUUGUCUGUCACAGGUAUUAGAUGAUCUUGGUUCUGUAAAAAUUCUUGACCUAUUGUUAUUUACUUAGGUAAGGUGGAAGAGAGCCUUGUACCUUCUUUCCACUUUCCACUGGGUAUGUAAGAGGUAUUUAUUCAUCUGCAGAGAAUAAAUGUCCAGUAUUUUGGAUGUUUUGCUCAUUUUAUUUAGUUAAAGUAGACCGUUUAAGAGAGUUCUGUAAACAUUUUUAAAUUCCGGUUUUCACCGGGGAGGGAAUAUAUGAUACGAGUGGAAUGCCAAAAAGAAAAUAAAUCCACCUCAAAUUCUUUGAUUCCAAUGAGAAAUGUCUAUCUUUUUAAAUCAAGAGGAAUGAUAUUGUCAGCUUUCCCUUACAUUGUUAUAGUGUGGUUUUUCAUUGAGGAUAUUUUUUACAUUUUGUUUUGAGAUUCCUGGCCUGUGGUCUGUAAGGAAAAAGGCAUUUGUGCUACUUAUUUAUGUCUCCCCAUUCCGACAAGUUGAAAUCUCCCCUCCUCCUUAACCUUGUUUCUCUGUCUGAGUCUUUCCUGAAACAAACAGAUUCUAGGCCUUUAUGGUAUUAAAUAACGCUGUAAGGAAUUUCAGGGGGUUAUCUGCAGCAAUCUGUCUUUUGGAGGUUGUAGUGCAAAGGCCAAAGCCCAUUACCAUAAAGACCCUCUUAGAGGAUGAAGGAGGAAGAUACUAAUUAUGAUAAAGGGUCUAUAAAACUUUUAACCUCAACAGCAUUUCAGCCUCAAAACC